AACAUAUCAAAUCUCCUUUGUACUUUUCAAAAUUAAUUCACACGUCAAAAGGCAUUAUUCGAGAUUUCCUAAAUAAACAAACAUUGUAAUACAUUUUAUAACCAGAUAAAAAUGACUACCGAACAACCUAAGGUAGAAACUGAAGAUGAAGAAACAGAACAGGAGAUAAAAGAGAAAAGUGUAUCAGCUCGCUUAAUUUUCACUGAACAACAGAAAAGAGAUUUACGCGAUGCGUUUAAUCUACUCGAUCAUACAGGAGAAGGAAAAAUAAAGGCCGAUGACUUUCGUGUUGCGAUAAAAGCUUUGGGUUACGAACCCACGAAGGAAGAAUUGCAGCAUAUGAUAAAUAGAGUUGACAAAACUCAAACGGGAAAACUAAGUUUUGAAAAUUUUGAAACAGCUAUAAUGAGAAAAAUAAUGUCUUUGGACAGCGAUGGGGAUAUUAUGAAGAGUUUUCGCCUUUUUGAUGAUGGCGAUUGCGGUUUUAUUAGCUUUGAAAAUGUGAAGAGAGUCUCUGAGAUCUUGGGAUUUGGUCUUACUGAUGAAGAAAUAGAGGAAAUUAUGGACGAUGCGGACAAAGACUUCGACGGAUUUAUUUCCGUACAAGAAUUUAUGAGAAUGAUAAAAACAUCAGUUCGUAUUGAAACACCGUAAUAAAUAAUUAAUGAUCACGACUUAAAUGGAUUUAGAAAAGUAAAAUAAUAAAUAUAUUUCACAACUGAAUUUUCUCUUCAUUGCUCUUAAACUAAGCAAAAGUAACAAGAGCUUAUUGUGGCGCAAAAUAAAAAAACUAAAAAAUUAUU